ACUCCCACUGUGGUGCAGGAGAGACCACGCUGCCAUGCCUUCCGUUGGGCUCCGCGCUGCCCUCCUCCUCCUGCCGUCGCUGCUACUGCUGCUGCGCACUGUUCUGACCGUGCCCCUGGAGCGGGGAGCGCCCAAGAAAGAGGAGAGCCCCGCGACCGAGAGCCCCGACACAGGCCUGUAUUACCACCGGUACCUCCAAGAGGUCAUCAAUGUGCUGGAAACAGAUGGGCACUUCCGUGAGAAGCUGCAGGCUGCCAACGCUGAGGACAUCAAGAGCGGGAAGCUGAGCCGGGAACUGGACUUUGUAAGCCACCAUGUUCGCACCAAGCUGGAUGAGCUCAAGCGGCAGGAGGUGUCACGGCUGCGGAUGCUGCUCAAGGCCAAGAUGGAUGCCGAGCAGGAGCCCAGUGAGCAUGGUGGGGCCAGGUGGAGUGAGGCGGUCUUGGCUCCUGAGCCUCCAAGUAGUUUUGAGGGUGGCGACUUGAGUUUGCUUUCUAGCACAGCUACCCGUGACCUUGCCCAGUAUGAUGCAGCCCAUCAUGAAGAGUUCAAACGCUAUGAGAUGCUAAAGGAACAUGAGAGACGCCGUUAUCUAGAAUCACUGGGAGAGGAGCAACGAAGGGAGGCAGAGAGGAAGCUGGAAGAGCAACAGCGCCGGCACCGAGAACACCCCAAAGUCAACGUGCCUGGCAGCCAAGCCCAGUUGAAGGAGGUGUGGGAAGAACUGGACGGACUGGACCCCAACAGAUUUAACCCCAAGACCUUCUUCAUACUGCAUGAUAUCAACAGCGAUGGUGUCCUGGAUGAGCAGGAGCUGGAGGCCCUCUUCACCAAGGAGCUGGAGAAGGUGUAUGACCCAAAGAACGAGGAGGAUGACAUGCGGGAGAUGGAGGAAGAGCGGCUGCGCAUGCGCGAGCACGUGAUGAAGAAUGUGGACACCAACCAGGAUCGCCUCGUGACCCUGGAGGAGUUCCUUGCGUCCACCCAGAGGAAGGAAUUUGGAGACACCGGGGAGGGCUGGGAGACAGUAGAGAUGCACCCUGCCUACACGGAGGAAGAGCUGAGGCGUUUUGAGGAGGAGCUGGCCGCCCGGGAGGCAGAGCUGAAUGCCAAGGCCCAGCGCCUCAGCCAGGAGACGGAGGCCCUGGGGAGGUCCCAAGACCACCUGGAGGCCCAAAAGAGAGAGCUGCAGCAGGCUGUUCUACAAAUGGAGCAGAGGAAACAGCAGCAGCAGGCUCUCAAUGCCCUGGCCCCUGCCCCCGGCCGUGAGGGGCAGCUCAAGUUCCACCCGGGCACAGAUGGUGUACCUGUCCCAGGUGCAGCCGAUGACCAGAAAGACAGGGACACUUCAGAAAAGAAAGUUCCUGAACAGCCUCCCAAGCUGCCCCAGCUGGACUCCCAGAAACUGUGAUCCUGUCGGGGCCCAACCAUCUGGGUCCCUACCAGGGCGGCUCAUGGGAGGGGGGAGAUCUCACAACAAACCUCCCCUGGGGGCCCGCAACAUGUGUGGCCUCCGGGGGAGGUGGGGCAGAUGGGGUGGCACCUCAGGUGUUGCUAUGCUGUGUUGGCUGUCCCAAUUCUGCAGCCCCAGGUUCUAAGUCUGUACUCCAUCUUUCUGUCCCUUCUCCCAGGGCCUGCCCCCUCUGUGUCCAGCUGUCUUGGUUUUCAAGCUCCCUGGAUGAGCCAAACUUAGGGAGACCCCUCCCGGUCUGAGCCGUUCUCUUAGAUGGUCUUGCCUCAGCUGCCCCAGUGCGGCUGCUCCACCAUCCUGUGUCUCCCCAGCUGCUAGAGUCCUGCCUGCUGCCUGGGGCCCAGCCUCUGUGGCUGGUGGUGGCUUUGUGUGGUCCCACAAAACCUUCCCUGAUGUUUUUGGGAGCAGCAGUGCCUCGAGGACAGUGUCUUCCCCAAGGCUAGUUGCUAAGGGUCCUCUGCGUAGCUGGUCAGCUCUGAUACCCAGAGCCCGGGCUCUCCCUGAACCCCUGGCUUUUCUCCAAGCCUCCUGUUCUCUUGCCCCACAGUCCCAGAAGGUUCUAUACCCAGAGCUGCCCCUGCCUCUCCCCGAGGCGCCUCAGGAGCAAGCCCUUCAGCUUAAGGUUGGAGGCCUUACAAGGACGGGCCCAGCCUGACUUUCUGGCCUCGUCUGAUGCUGCUCUGUGCCCUCCUUUGGCUCUGGUUCCAUCCAAAUACACUUUUGGAACGCUGGGAAGAAAUUCUAGGCUCUGAGUCUUUGUAUAUGCCACUUCCUCUGAAAUCCCACACCCACUUCACUUGGGAAAGUCAUCCUCAUUCUUUAAGAUUCACCUUAAGCAUCACUUCUGAGAAGCUCAAUUCUGGAAUCUUGAGUCCUCUGCCUGUACACACACGUGCAUGAAUGCAUGCAUGUCCUCAGCUGUACUUGUCUGGGUGAUGCAGGGUCCUUCCAGCCACAAGGACAGAAAACCCAAACCUUAUUCAUUAUCGCCCAAAACAAAAAGUCCCAAGGUAGAGUGGUUAAAGGGCCUUCAGGGAACCGGUUCUUCCAGCUAGCUCUGCAGGGUAGGAGUGGGGUAGCACUCUCCUCGUGGUCCCAAAGUGGCUGCAGCUGCUGCAGGGGUCACAUAUCUGCAUUAGCAGCCAGCAGAAAAAGAGGCCCCAUCCUGUUCUGAGUGUUGUCAUAAGUGGGAGAAAACCUGUCCUCAAAGCCCCCCUACCAGCUCUCCCCUUACGUCCCAUUGGCCACCAAACACGGGAAGGCUGUGGCUCUGCUGAGGUGGCAUGAUUCACUCUUGAGAUGAGGAUGGGGACACUGUGGACCAAAUCUGGGUCUGGUAGAAAGGGGAUUGUGUGUUCAAAUGAAGUUCUAUUAAAUAAGUCUACCAGAAACACCAGAUUUUAUUUUAUCUCUACACAUGUGGAUCCAGAAGCAAGUGCCAAUCUUGUGGCUUAACAAGAAAACAGACAACUAUUGAUAACUCUCAGCAAACAAAGACAUCCAUUUAAAUAUUACUGGGACACUGCAUUAUUAACUAAUAAAACAAAA